AAAUUUAAUCGAAAUGGAGAAGGGGGUGAUCUCAACAUGAGCUGCUUUUAAAAUUCUUAUUGCCAUACCAUCUGGCAGGUUCUCUGUAGAGAAAGCAAAAGCCGGGGUCUGUAAUAAACACUUAAUAUCAAAUCUCCAGAGUACUUGGCAAGUUGAAAAAGUUAACAGUGUUUAUCUGCUGCAAGAAGAAACAAAUCUCCUUGGAAGAUAAGUUAUAAAGUACUGUCAGUCUUGAAGCUGAGACCAAGCUAAAAUGGUCUAUGGAGGGAAUCAGUUGUGUUUCUUCAUGUAUGCAUGUAGUGAUAUUUAUCUGUGGAAAGAAGGAAGGCAGAGGAUAGGAAUAUAGACAGCCACCGGUUGGAAUUGGUUAUGAUCUGCCAGUGGAUGAAAUUUAGAAUCUUUUCUUGCUUUAUUGGCAGGUUAAUGUUUUUCACUGAGUAAUAAACACUGGAGUGUUUGUUAUGAAUGAUUGUGGGGUUGUGCAGAUACAUGUAAUAUGUCAUAUGCACUUCAUUGUUUUACUAAGCAAGUUUUGUAAUGGAAGGUAAUUUAUUGAAUAGAUGUUGUGCUAAUUCUGUUGUUUCUUCCUAAAUAUAAUAAAUUAUUGUUUAAUAAUCCUGCAUGCUUUCAUGAUUUUGAGAAUUGUCUGUGAGUAGGGAGCAGAAUUAACAAGUGUUUUCAUUCACUAGACCCCCAGGGGUGGGACACAGCAGUGUGGCCAGUCCAUUUUGAACAUAUUGCAUUUACUGCCCCAGAGACCUAAAGCCCAUGUUUCUAGAGAAUUGCUGUGGGUUAGCAAGUCACUUUUCAAAUACUACAGUUCAUCUUCAAAGAACAUACUUUCAGUUACAAUGAUUCCAGCAUCAAAUAGUGAAUGCACAGCAGGGUGAGACCCUGUGAAGUUGAUGUGCUCCAGCUGCUGGUAGAAACUUGCUUGAAGCUGGUAAACAGAAAUAGGUGUGCUAACUACUAAUCUAGCAUGCAAAUUGCAUUUCAGAAGUAGUGCAAAUUAUUCUGUUAGCAGUGAACUGGGGUGUAUCAACUUUGGUUUGCUGAGCAUAAAUGUAGUCAGUGCUAAGAUCGGGGGUGGGAGAGUUUGCUGGCUUGAAUAGAACGUACAAGCCUGUUACAGUGAUACCUUAAAACAUCUUAAAUGGUACUUGCAGAAGAUUUUUAAUUUUCCUGUAGUACUUUGUCUGAUGCUAUAUAGCAAAUGCCACUUAUAGAAGCAUGUUAUUCGGUACACUGUGAUUUCAAGAACAGAAGGGGGAAGAAUCUGUGGUAUGCUGGAGAUGAGAGGUAAGGCAUCCAAAUGAUAGUUGUAUUUUUAAAUCUAAUCCUUAAAUGCCAUGUGGAAUACCAAACAACUGGUUGAUGAUGUCAAGUUUUCUUUGUACCACGCAGUGGGACACAGUAAAGUGCCCAAAGAGAGACUGCAGAAGGAAUUUUUCCUGAAGUGCAAGGUAGGUGGCUGAGUGUGCAGGGGUUGCGGGGGUUCUUUAUUUCCCACUCCUCUGUUCCAUUCCUGUUUUCUGUACCCCGUCCAAGCUGCAAGAUUAAAUAAUUGAUUUUGCAGCUGUGCAAGUUCUCAGAACUUUCAUAAUACAAGCCAAACUUUAGAGAGACUGUUUUUGCACUUGAGUUGUUUUUACUCUUACAUUUUAAUAUAUUAGUUCUUUUUAUGGAAUAUAAGCUGCUGGUGGUAAUGAUUUAAAAAAAAAAAAAAAAAAGUGAAAACUCUCAACUUUUAGAGUGAUACUUGCAGCUCCAUCAUAGACUCAUAAACUGGACCCAUUCAUUGUCUGAACUACAAUACAUUAAGUUUAAAAACAUGGUAAUAUUGACAUGGGAAGGGAAAGGGAAUUCUUAGAAAACUCCACUGGAGUUGUAUUCUGAGAUUCCAAAUGUCUUCCUUGUAGCAACACUGCCUUUACAAAAUGUCUGGUACUAUUUAUUGUGAAAAGGACUUGUACCACUUCUACCAAUAAAACUUGCUGGUAAUGCCCCUUGGCUGUCAUCGUAAUGAGGCUUGUAUGUUUUGUGUUUUUAUUUCCUUGGCAUUUGGGUUCUUAUUCUGUGAGCUAGCAGGAAAGUGGGAUGUAACUUCACAAAUGAAGAUGUUGUUCAGAUCUUAUUUUGAUUGCGUGAUAAUUUAAGUUACUUGGCUUAAUGUCAAGCGGGGAUGCUUGCGUACAAGAAUCUUAUAGCUUUGUCAAAUCUGUCUUUGAUACUUUUUCUGCUACUUCAAAGAGUUAGAAGUGAAUGAAAGCUGAAUGAGUAAUUUUGAAGCUGUGUACUUAGAAGGCGAGGUGUUCUUUGCUAAAGACUGUGCAUGUCAAGUCCAAAACUUUAUAAGGGUUUUGUUUUCCUCAAAUCAAGGGAUUUAAAAGUACUGACGUACUCCAAACUGGGAAAGUGAGCCCUAGUUCUAGCCAAGACAAAGACCUGAAACUCUUUGGCCAGAAGCCAACACUUCCUUUAAAUUAUAUCUCCUACGGCA